AUGGCUUGUGGGCAUCGUUCUGUUGCUGCGUGUCCCGAGCUGGAUGCCCAAGCUCUUCAGAGGGUGGGGGCCGACAAGCCCGAACAAGAGGAUGCAGGAACACCUGUCCAAAAGCAGAAGCAGCCUGCGCACCUCAACAGAUGGGUUCCGCUGUCUCUGAUCGCCUUGUCGGCGCUGGGCUUCUCGAUCCAGGCUCUCCUCGUCAGGGAACUGACCCUCCAGGGCCUGGAGACCUUCCAGAUCGUUGAGGUGAGAGGCUGCUGCCAGGCCCUGGGAUGCUGUGCGGUGCUCUUGGUGAAGAAGCAUCCCAUCUCGGCUUGGCUCGGUGUGUCGGCGCAGGAAAGAAAGGCACUGACUCUGAGAGCAGUCGUGGGCUAUGGCGGUGUAGCCUUCGGCUUCUUGGCGGUUUCUCUUCUGCCGCUGGCCGACUCACAGAUUGUGUCGCAAACGGCGCCCAUCUUCUCGGCGGCAUUUGCUCGGAUCUUCCUGGGAGAAGAAUGGCACCUCUCGGAAUUCUUUAGCGCGCUGACUGGCAUCAUAGGAGUCAUCUUCAUCUCGAAGCCAGAAGCCUUAUUUGGUCAAGCCACCUCUGAUGGUCACCAUCUCUUGGGCGUUGCGUUCGGCCUCCUCAGUGCGCUGUGCGGUGGAGGCCGAUUCGGCCGAUGGCCUCAUGGACUCGAUUCAAGACCAUGCCGGUCUCGUAGUCGGUUAGUCCCAGUCACAUGUUGUCACUUGUUGUCGCAUGUUGUCGCAUGUUGUCGCAUGUUGUUGCAUGUUGCCACUAGUGUCCAGGUGCCUAUGUAA